GGCUUCAUGGAAAAGAAUACUGGUAAGUUCAUGAAAGAGCUAUGGUCGCUUCUUCUCAGUGCCCAGAAAAAUGCUAGUGGCGUCCCCCAACAAUUCCUGGAUGCUAAAGAGGAGGAAACCAAGAAGAAAAAGGCGGAGAAUGAUCGUAUCUUUGAUGAAAUUCAGAGAAGGAAAGAAAAGGAGGCUAAAGAAUCCGAGGAAGAGAAAGAGAGGCAAAUGGUUGCUUCUGCAAUUAUUUGGGUUCAUAUCCUUACCUCAAACUACUGUAGGAUGACGGACUUGGCAAAUAUUCUACCGAGGAAUCAAAUAGAAGGCGAGAGAGAUGUUCUGGUGUGCAAUCUGGAGAUGAGAAUGGAGCUGGUGUGAGAAAUAGUUUUGGAGGAAG